AUGGUUUUCAGAAGAAGAGACGACUUCGUGGCGCCGCUAGAGAUUCCUUUUGAUCUCGUGAUCGACAUCCUGAGGAGAUUGCCUGCUAAAUCGCUUAUGAGGUUCAGGUGUGUUUCAAAGCUUUGGUCUGGUCUGAUCCGUUCCAGAAAUUUUAGCAACCUUUAUUUUAGGAAGAAGGUCUCAUCAUCAUCUACAUCUGGACAACCACUUCUUCUAUACCUGAAUCAUAAUAAUUUUGUGGCACACUCUAACCAAGUGGACCCUAUAAAGUCUCAACAGCUAUCAUUAACAUUGUUGCCUUCCAGUGAUUGUUUUGAAUCAUCAACGCUAAGGCCAGAUUUGCCUUCACCAACUAUGGAAGACAUGGGAGUAGACGGGAUGGUGAUUCUUCGAGGUUUGAUUUUAUAUACUUUUUGCAGAAAAGCAUGUAUCUACAAUCCCGCCACUAGACAAAGUUUAACCUUACCAGCCAACAUUUGUGCUCAACAAGAACGUCCUCAUAAGCAUGUCUACUACUUUUUUGGACACGAUCCUGUUCUUGAUCAGUACAAAAUAGUCUGCAAUGUUUUUGAGAGUUGGAAAACCUCCAAGUUUUGGGUCUUCGUACUGGAACCAGGAGGAUUUUGGAAAAGAAUUGAGGAUGAUGCUGAACCUCACACUCCUUGGGAACGAGGACUAUGUAUCAACGGAGUUAUAUAUUAUCUGGCUUCCGAUCAUAAGCGUAUCAAUGCCAUUUACUGUUUUGACGUUAGGUCUGAAAAGUUGCGUGUGAUCCAAACACCACAUGAGGUGUCUGCGAUGGGUAGGCGCGUGCGUUUCAUAGAGCAUGGUGGGAAACCCACACUCUUUGAUUAUACACUUAUUAAAGAAACGGGUGUGUCGGAGUUGUGGGUCUUGGAGGAUGGUCUGGUUGGAACAUGGUCCAGGAAGUCUCUGGUUUUGAAGCCUUGUCAGAGGCAUCUAUUAGAUGACAUCAUUGUUGGUUGGACGAGGUUGCAUGGUACAGGUCAGAACAAUGAAGUUAUCUUGGAGUUUCCUCAUCGUUGUUAUCUUUUCGGUUACGAUUUGAUAAAGAAUGAUUUGAGAAAGAUUAAUAUCAUUAGAGAAAGGACGUACAUGGAAAUCAAGGUUAUGGAUAAGUGUGAAAGCAUCAUGCACUUGGAAACUUGA